UGCCGCAUCUGACCUUCUGCUUCCGUUUCCUCGGUGUAUUUUCUCCUUUCAGCAUCUCCCCUGUCCGUCUCGGUCCCUCCAAGAUCUACAACCGCACAACUCUAACGUUUGACGUUUUAACGUUGUUGUCAUCUGCAAGAUCGCCCGCAAUCUCCCCGCGCCCGCGCCAGUGUCAGCUUUAUUAGACACGAAUAGCGCCCCAUCCACCUCGAGACUUUACAUCUCCAUUCCUCACCGCAAUCAAAGCUCUAAGCUCCAACCAUCCCCAAAAUGCUCAGUCGCCAAUUUGCACGCGCCGCUGCCGUCACUCCUCUCGCAGGGGUACGAGCUCUGAGCUCUACUGCUAUCCUCAACGGUCGCACACCUUCGCUGGGAGAUGUCAACCCUACACACGCAGAGGUCGAUAAGUUCAGUCAGAAGCAGAAGGAAUUCCGCGAUCACCUGGUCGAGGCACAGAAGAAGCGAGAAGCCAGUUCGUUGCCCUCUCACCCGCAGUCUGCUAACGUUCCUAUCAACGCGUCGGUCGAGGGCUCACAGAAUGACCAUGUAGGACGCUCUGAAGAGGUGAAGGAGCCUGAGCCUGCCCGUAAGGCGGGCCCUUUGACCAACCUCAUAUACGGUACCAAGGAGGGUCGUGAGCUCGAUGCUCAGCUCGAAGCAAGCUUCAGUCAAGUUCUUGCCCGUGGCAAGUACGUCCAUUCGAUCGUUCUUCACCAAGUCAAGCCUGAGAAGGUUGACGAGUAUGUCGAUCUCGUUGGAAAGUGGUACCCCAAGAUGGCCAACGCCCCCGAGAACAAGGUGAACCUGGUCGGAAGCUGGAGGACAGAAGUUGGCGAUUGUGACACCUUCGUCCACAUCUGGGAAUACCAAAAAUACGAAGGUUACCAUCAAUCCCGAUACUCAAUCACUCACCACCCCGAAUUUGCCGACUUCGACAACAAACUAAAGGGCCUAAUCAACUCCAAGAACGUCUCUCUCAUGCAAGAAUUUUCUUUCUGGCCAACCACUCCCCCACGAUCGCUCGGUGGUGUCUUUGAGCUGCGUUCUUACACACUGCACCCCGGCAACCUGCUCGAGUGGGAGACACACUGGCGACGAGGUCUCAAGGCCCGCCGUGAGGUCAUGGAGGGCGUUGGUGCUUGGUUCGUUCAGAUUGGUGACCUUAACACAGUCCACCAUCUAUGGCAAUUUGCCAACCUUGAGGAGCGCCGAGGCCGUCGUGAACAGAGCUGGCAGGUCGAGGGCUGGAGCGACACAGUCCACAAGACAGUGCCUCUUAUCCAGAGCAUGAAGUCAAGGAUCCUCGUCCCUAUGCCUUGGUCUCCUGUUCGAUAAGUGCUCAAGCGACAACACUACCGCCGCUCUCACCCCACAGUAUCCUGAUCAUAUCACCCGCCUGGUCAGAUCCAGGCUGAACAUACCUCCUGUACGAGAUUAGAGGCUGUCUCUUUGCGUUUUCACAGCAUAGUCCAUUUUGUUUUAUGUCAAGAGUCUUGACGGUUUUAGCGGAGGAGCGAUGGAAUGUGGAUUAUGGAUUACAUGGAC